CCAGCUUCCCCCAUGGCGUCGCGCGUGGCCACCGAGGCCACGCCUACUUCCGGCUACUCCGGCUCAGCAUGGCUGCUUUAGCGACUGUUCUCUUCACAGGUGUCCGGAGGCUGCACUGCGGAGCAGCCGCUUGGGCGGGCGGCCAGUGGCGACUACAGCAGGGACUGGCUGCCAACCCCUCCGGCUACGGGCCCCUUACAGACCUCCCAGACUGGUCAUAUGCGGAUGGCCGCCCUGCUCCCCCAAUGAAAGGCCAGCUUCGAAGAAAAGCUGAAAGGGAGAAGUUUGCAAGACGAGUUGUACUGCUGUCACAGGAAAUGGACACUGGAUUACAAGCAUGGCAGCUCAGGCAGCAGAAGUUGCAGGAAGAACAAAGGAAGAAGGAAAAUGCUCUUAAAUCGAAAGGGGCUUCACUGAAGCGCCCACUUCCAAGUCAAUAAAAAGCAGCUCCUGCCUCCCUUCCUCA